UUUUACCCAUGAUGCUUUGUUCCAGCAUGGCUGCCCUGUACUGUCGGCAUGUGUGUAAACACUUUCUGACUUUUACAAACUGAUUUAACUUCUAAAUGAUUUAACUUCUAAAUUAUUUCAGUUCUAAAUGAGUCAUUUUAGUCGCGGGGCAGAAUCGGAAUCUAAGUGAACUGGCGACCCGCAUCGAAGCGAAGAUGAAGCUGAAAUCCAAGUCCUCCUCUCACAAGUCUGAGAACACAUACAGGUUUCUCACUUUUGCUGAAAGACUUUCCAAUGUCAACAUUGAUGUCAUCCACCGCAUCGACAGAACAGGAUCAUAUGCAGAGGAAGUAGAAACCCAUUUCUUUGAAGGCCUGACAAAAUGGAGGGACCUCAACUUGACAGAAAAUUUCACUACGUUUUUCAAGGAGGUCUUCAACAAGAGCCAAUCGUUCCACAUGUUGGUUUUUCAUCAGAAGUCCAUAGUGGAGUGUCUAAAAAGUCACUUAUCUGUCAAGAGCAAUCUUGCCUAUCAGCCUCUGCUGGACCUCGUGGUGCAGCUGGCCAGAGACCUGCAGACCGACUUCUACCCUCACUUCCCGGACUUUUUCACUCUGAUCACGUCAAUGCUGGACACCAAGGACACAGAGGUGCUGGAGUGGGCUUUCACCUGCCUCUCCUACCUGUACAAGUACCUGUGGCGGCUCAUGGUGAAAGACAUGGUCAACAUAUACAGCUUGUACAGCACACUUUUGGAGCACAAAGAGGAGCACAUCCGCAAGUUUGCAGCAGAGAGCUUCUCACAUCUGAUGAGAAAGGUUCCAGAAUUGGACACUCUACUCACUCACGUGUUCUCGGACCUGUGUCAGCACCCGGACAAGGCAGAGGGAGUCGGCCAGCUGCUGUUUGAGAUGUGCAAGGGAGUCCGGCACAUGUUCCACUCCUGCGCUGCAACGGCCUUACCCACUGCGUUGCGGAAGCUGGGGCCCACAACCAGCCCGGGAGUACCUUUGCCGUGGGACCUGGCGCGAGACGCUCUGGACCACACAGCCCAGGCUGCAGCCGGUUAUGUGGACAAGGAGCACUUCUUGGUUAUUUGGGAGUCCCUGCAGGCCAUUGUGGCAGAGGUCCACAGUGUCAUGGAGGCAAAGGGAGACGAGGCUGAAGCAGCGGGUGAGCAGCUCCAAAGGCUGCUGUUCAUCCUCCACACCUUAGUGUCUCACAAAGACGGAGCCAAGAUCACGGAGCCGGAGAACGUCUGCCAGACUGUGCUGCGUCUGCUAGAGGGUGUGGCCCUCCCAGCUUCCUGUUCACGGCUGCUUCUCCAAAUUGUCUCGUCCUUGCUCCUCGGGGAGAACAUCAGCCUCCCCAGGGCUGUCAUCCAGGAGAUCAUCUACAAGGUGUUUGACAGCACAGUUGGAGAAGAUCUGAUCCUGGAGUUCACCAAGGAGACGCUGACCAUGAAACAGUUUGAGCAGCUCUUCUUGCCCACCCUCCUGCGGUACGCCGCCUGCUUGUUUGCCCGCGGCGACCCCCUGUCUCGCCAUUGCGCCCUGGAUGGGCUGGUCAGCCUCAUCCUGGCCAAAGCCCCGCCCCCUACAGAUGGCUCCAUGGCUUUGGAGACAUACCCACUCGUCUUUACGGGCCAGACCGCCGGUCAUAAGGAGGAGGGCCAUGGUGUGCUGGAGCAGACUACGGUGCCAGAAAUGGUUCUGUCCCUCAUUACACUUCCUGAGAAGCAGAACGGGCCUAUCACGGAUCUAUCACUACCUUGGAGUGCACUCGUGCUGCUGCCACACCUCAGGCCUCAUGUUGCGGCUAAUGUCAUCCCCGCUGUCACGGCCUUUUUGAACCACCUCUUAAAUGAAAUCAAGUCGGAAAAGUUGGGAAAAGCUGGUCUGUUUGUGGCCACACAAGCCCUCAGCUGCCUCCUAACUCUGGAUAGUUCCGCCCAGCUGCUCUCUUUGGUCCCUGUCGACAAAAUCACCUCCAUCUUGCGGAAGUUCCCAUCGGAGCUGUCAUCCCUGCUCUUAGGAGACCUCUAUUACACCCGCUUGUCCGUUAGCGGCGCUUCGGAGCACCUGUCCCAUGAUGCACUGCAGGAUAUCUACCAGAUCCUGCAUGGCAACCUGUCUUCCAACAUAUCAAAGAUGCGCCUGCUAACGCUUAGGAUCUUUUCGCAAUUCGAGCCGCAGCUUCCUGCGCCGGGAGAGCCUGACGACCACGUGGACGUGCAGCCCGUGUUCUCCGUCUGCCUGCAGGCCGAGCUGGUGCCCGCCUCCCUGCAGGACGAGCGGGAAAAGCUGCUGCACUUGGAGAAGCUGCGGCACGACCUGGUGCAGCGCAGCCUGCCGCAGGGUGGCACCUUCCAGCAGGUGCCGCUGCGUUACCUCCUAGCAAUGCUGUUUGUCAACUUCAGGCCGCUAUGGGAUGCCGUCAUUGAACUUCUCGGGAGCCACGCCAGAGGGAUGGACAACAAAGACUUCUGGGCGGUGUACCAUGAACAUCUGGAGAAGGUGGCAGGAUUAGCCGAAAAAGACCUGCAGGAGAGUAGUAAUGACGACGAGAGCGACGACGAGGCCAUGGACCUCCAGGGGGAGCCAGGUUGCGACGUCAUCGAAAGCGGCGACGUCGGGGUGCUGUUCCUGCAGCACCUCAAGCUGACCUCGGACCUCCACGACAGGACGGACUUCCCCAACUUCCGCAGCCUGAUGUGGCGCGCCAUGGCCCAGUUCCCGGACAGGGUGGAACCCCGCAGCCGGCAGCUGAGCCCUCUGCUGCUCAGGUUUAUCCGGAAUGAGUUCUAUCCCGCCGACAUGCUGGUGGCGCCCACUCAGAACCUGAGAAAGAGGAAGGACUCUCCCACCGUGACCGCGGCUGUGGAGGGAGAGGAAGAGCAGGAGGAAGAAGAAGAAGAAGAGGAAGAGGAGGGCAAACAGCGGAGGAAGGCUCCACCACGUAGAGCGGCCGCAAAACAGCUGAUCGCCCACCUCAAUGUUUUUGCCAAGUUCGCCACCCCUCGCUCGCUCUACCUGGAGAGCAGCCUGAGAGAAGUCUACAACCAGUUCCUCUGCCAUCAGGACCAGCAAAUUCAGCGAGUGGCCCUUGAAUGUGUUCUCACGUACAAGGACCCCAAUGUCAUCCCGUACAAGGAGAAUCUGCAGAGGCUACUGGACGACAAGCACUUCAAAGAAGAAAUUGUCCAUUUUAACAUCUCCGAGGAAUCGGGAGUUGUUGAGGCUUCCCACAGAGCUGCACUCAUUCCAUUACUCAUGAGAAUCCUGUUUGGUCGUCUGCGCAGCAAAGGCGGCAGUCGUUUCCAGGGGAAGUCCAGCGCCGCAUCCCGCUCCUCCAUCAUCCUGCGCUUCCUGGCCAGUUGCCAGACGGAGGAGCUGGGAAUGUUUAUCGACCUGCUGCUGGAGCCCGUCCGCCAUCAUAGCCAGGGUUCCUGUUUGGCCGCGGUGGAGAAAGCGGUGACCGAGCUCGACAUAGGCGCCGUGCUGCCGCUGGGCCGCCAGCACAGUCUGUUGAACAUCAUCGACGUAGUCAUCCAGAAACUGGGCCACCUCGUGGAAAUCUACCUGCCCAAAGUGCUGCAGAUCCUGCUGUGUAUGACCGCCUCCGUGUCCGCCGUGCUGGAGAGGAGGGAACAGGUGCAGCCCGGUUGCAUCGGUCCUCUGAAGAACAUGAGGCGUCUCGGGAUCCUGAGGGUCCAGGAUUUUUUCGACAACUUUGACACUUUGAGUUUCACCGCCGAUCAGCUCGACGGCGUCUUCAUGGCCGUCGUUUGGCCUCAAGUGACUCGCCUCAAGUCAGAGAGCACUUACUCGCCCACUCCCCUGCUGAAGCUCAUUCACGUGUGGUGCAAACAUGCCAGGUACUUCCCCCUCCUGGCCACACAGCGCCCAGACCACCCCGAGUGUGAUGUCCUCCGAAACGUCUUCGCCAUCCUCGCCGCCAGGAACGUGUCUCCGGUCACUACCGCAGUGGUCAUGGACAUAGCAGAGUCCCUGGCGACCAAAGAGGACUUUGUCGCCAUGGAAACGGAGACUGAGAUGAGCGAAGAGGGCCGCGCGUUUCCACAGUCAGCAGAUUCAUUAACACAGGGCUCCAGGCUGCUCCUGCCUCACGUCUCCACCCUGCUGCAAUACCUCAGCAGUAUGGUCUGCAACACUGCCCGGCUCAAGAAGAAGCAGUUCCGCCCGCAGGUGUCCAAGGAACUCAACAUUCUCUCCAAGAUCAGCCGAUUUGUCAGCGAUAAGGAGCAGAGUUCAACUCUCAUCAGACUCCUGCUGCCUCACCUGCAGAAAGGCAACGUCCCUCAAGAGACAGAAAUGGACAUCCUAGCCACCGUGCAGAACCUGCUGCAACAGUGCGUGCAGCCUUCAGCCUUCCUGCAGCAGCUCGGCAAGCUCUUCUCAGUCGUUCACAACAAGCUGCCCAGACAGGCGCUCACCAAUGUCUUCCAGACUCUGUCAGACCUGGAUCCUUCACUUAAAUACAUCACUGACAUGGCCACCAAGCUCAACGCCUUCGACAGUCGCCACUUGGACGAAAUUUACUUCGACGUGCGCCUGAUAGCGUUCCAGGACGCCAGCAGGCACGUGCGAGACAUGAAGACCCUGGACCUGGACUACAUCAGCACACUCGUGCACAACUGCUUCCACGCUUAUGAGAUUGGCGACAUGUCCCUGGGAGACAACGCCACCUUGUGUCUGUCAGCAAUAAUAAGCCAGCUGGCGGAAGUUGGCGCUGGUGAGCAGAUCUUCAGGGAUGUUGUCCAGCACACCAUUUUGGACGCCGUACACAAGGGGCUACGUAGCAAGACCGAGAGCGUGCAGCAGGAAUACACCACUGUGCUCGCCUGCCUGGUGAAGACCUUUCCCUCAAAGAAAGAGUUCCGAGACCUGGUGCAGCUCGCCGACUACAAUGACCCCGAGUCUGACUUCUUUGAGCACAUGAAGCACAUACAGAUCCACCGCCGAGGUCGCGCCCUGCGAAAGUUGGCCAAGCAGCUGAACGAGGGCACGGUGGCGAUGUCGCCACGUUCGCUCCAGUUUUACAUCAUGCCGUUUGCCAUGACGGCGCUGUUGGAUAAGAAGAUGCUGAAGCACGAGAACAUGACGUCCGCGUCGGUGGAAGUGGUGGGCGCCGUGUGCCGCAGGCUGACUUGGUCCAAGUACCUCAGCCAUCUGAAGAACUUCAUCCACAUCCUUCAGACCUCGCAGAUUGAGCAGAAGCUGGCCGUCAGUUUGCUGGUCACCGUCCUCGAGGCGUUCCACUUCGACUACGAGACCCUCAACAAGGAGAUUGAGGCUGCCAAAGCCAGAGAUGCGAUGGAGGAGGAGGAAAAGGAGGCGGCAGCCGACGAAUCGGAGGCGAGCGAUAAUGAGGAAGCCAUGGACGUCGACAGUGAGCCUCCUCCAAAAGCUGCUGAGCAGGCCACCUCCAAAGAAGCUGCUAAAGGAAAGAAACCUUCAACUUCCAAGCCGGUGUCGGUUUCCUGCGGGCUGCCGCAGAGCAGAGAGGAGCUGGAGUCGCUCAUCCGCGGCAUCCAUGAGAGCGUUAAUGGCAGCGUGUUGCCCCGCCUCCAUAAAUGUCUCACUGCAAAGAUCCAACGUGACGAGGAGCACAAGGCAGUGAAAUCAAAGGGGUUGAAGGAGGAGGAGGUGGUGCGUAUCCCGAUAGCCUUCGCCAUGGUCAAACUGAUGCAGACUCUGCCGCCGCACAUCAUGGAGACCAACCUGCCCGGGGUCCUGAUCAAGGUGUGCGUGGUGUUGAGGAACCGAUUCCAGGAGGUCCGCGACGUUGCCCGCGGAACCCUCGUGAAGAUCAUAGAGACGCUGGGCUGCCGGUACCUGCAGUACCUGCUUAAAGAGAUGCAGGGUUUCCUCGUCAAAGGCUACCAGGUCCAUGUUCUGACAUUUACCGUGUACCAGCUGAUCUCAGCACUCAGUCCAACUCUAAAAAGCGGCGACCUCGACCCGUGCAUGAACAUGCUCAUUGACAUCUUCAACAACGAGCUGUUUGGCGUCAUCGCCGAGGAGAAAGAGGUGAAAGGCAUCGUCUCCAAGCUGAUGGAGGCGCGACACAGCAAGAGCAUGGACUCCUACCAGCUUCUGGCCCAGUUCUGCAGCAAGGAGAGCGUCACUAAACUUAUACUGCCACUGAAGGAGAUUCUUGAGAACUCAUCCAGCCUGAAGGUGUGUAACCGGGUUGCCGCGGUCCUGCGGCGCCUCAUUCAGGGUCUGCUGGACAACACCGGCAUGACCUUCAAGGACGUCCUGCUGCUGUCCCAUGGCCUGAUCAGCCAGAGCCUGCCUCUGCUCACUAAGAAGGACCGGCAGAAAGCAUCCGUCAAGGCUCCGCCAGACCCUCGCCUACCUCCUCCCAGCUGCCUGCUCCUGCCACCAACCCCCAAAAGGGGUGGCACUAAAGCUCCGGUUAGCAGCCGGACCAACAUGCACGUCCUGGUGGAUGCGGGCCUCAAGCUGCUACAUAUGAGCCUGAAGAAAGCCAAAGUGACAGCAUCUGAGGAGUCCACUCUUCGGAUGUUGGACCCCUUCGUGUUGCUUCUGCUGGAGUGCCUCACCUCCAUGCACGUCAAGGUGAUCAUUGAGGCUCUGGCUGGCUUCACGCUGCUGCUGAAGUUCCCUCUGCCGGCGUUGAAGAGAAACGCCAGCCAGCUGAUAAGGCAGCUGUUUGUCUUACUGAAGGACUACUCCAAGGCUGGAGCCGCCCAUGGGGAGAACUACCACCUGGUCCAGAACUGCUUUAAGACAAUCACCAUGUUGGUGAAAAACAUGAAAAACAGCGUGAUUUCCAAGGCGCAGCUGCAGGUGCUGCUGGGAUACGCCGAGGAGGACAUUUACGACCGCUCCCGGCAGGCCACCGCCUUCGGCCUCCUCCAGGCCAUUCUGUCCAAGAAGCUCAUCGUACCCGAGAUGCAAGAGUUGAUGAAGAAAGUGGCCCAGCAGGCCGUCAGUGGAAACACCUCCAUGAUCCGAGUCCGUUGCAGACAGAUCUACCUCAAGUACCUGCUGGACUACCCCCUGGGGAAGAAGUUGCUGGAACAUAUGCAGUUUAUAGUGGCCCAGCUGACGUAUGAGCACGACACGGGCAGGGAGUCUGCGUUGGAGAUGCUGGCUCACAUUUUCCAGACUUUCCCUCAGAAAAUACUAAUGAACUACACGGGCCUUGUUUUCGCUCCGCUGGCACUCGUCGUUGUCAAUGACGACUCUGCACGAUGUAAAAAAAUGGCCGCCAUGGCCAUCAAGUCCUUCCUCGCCAAAGUGGACGCCAACCAGCAGAAAUACUUGUUCUCUUUUGUCAUCACUUGGCUGAAAGCAGACAAGGUGAGUCUGCGGCGUCUGGGCACCCAGCUGUGCGGUCUGAUCGUGGAGGUGGAGGAGGAGAAGUUCACCAAACGCCUCGACGACCUGCUGCCCAUCCUAGAAAAGGCCAUCCACCCCGACAACUACGAUGAUAUCGAGGAGGAAAAGGACGAGAGAGGAGCAGACAGGUUGCUCUUCAGUUACCUCACUCUCAUCACCAAACUCAUCCAACACUGCGGCCUGCUGGAGCUCGCCAUGCCUCGUGACACCCUCGCCCAUAUUUGGGGUCACAUUGAAGCCCACCUGCAGUACCCUCACUGCUGGGUGUGGCUCACCGCCUCGCAGCUCUUCGGCCAGCUCUUUGCAACCUGCCGAGCCGAGGAGCUGGUGGCGUCGUGGAAAGGAGGAGGCGGGGACUCCCUUCCGCCAGUGGCCGUCGCUUUCAUCACCAGCAAUCUGGACAAGAAGAUGAGAGAGUUGGCGUUGUCUUUCUGCCAUCAGCUGCAGUCCAAAUUCCUGGACACGGCGUCUGGUGAGCAGGUGGUGAAGAACCUCCUCUUUGUGGGCAAAGUCAUCUACCUCCUUUCCCCAGACUCCCAUAUAGCUGCUCCUGAGGAGGGAAUGGAAGCAGAGGAGGAGGAGGAGAAAAGUAAGGGGAAGGAAGAGGAGGAGGACGAAAAGGAGGAGGAAGAAGAGGAGGGGGAAAGUGAGGGAAAGGAGGAGGAGGAAGAAGAGGAGGAGGAGGACAAGGACAAUAAACCUCCAUCGCUACUUUGGCUGAUGAAGAAGCUGUCACUGAUGGCCAAAAGAGAGGCAGCACAUUCUCCAAAAGUCCCCCUCAAGAGAACCUGCGUCUUUAAGUUCCUGGGAGCCAUAUCCAUGGACCUGGGGAAGGAGCGCCUGGGCCCUUAUUUGAAAAGCAUCAUCACUCCUCUCUACAGAGAACUGGACAGCACCUAUGCAGAUCAAGACCCCACACUGAAGAACCUGGCGCAGGAGCUCAUCAACCUCUUGAAGAAACAAGUAGGACUGGCGAAGUUCUCGCUAGUCUUCUCAGACGUCCAGAGGCAGUUCACGUCCAGGCGGGUUGCUCGCAAGCGACACCGAGCCCUGCAGGCGGUGGCCAACCCCGACAUCGCCGCUAAGAAGAAAAUGAAGAAGCACCAGAGUAAAAUGGAGGCCAAAAAGAGGAAGAUAGAGAUCCUUCGGCCUGGAUAUAAAGCAAAGAAGCACCGCAGCCACGCUCUCAAAGACCUGGCCAUGGUGCAGUGAGUCCAUGUUGGAAUCUAAG